GACGUGGUGCAUUGUUGGCGCGCUGCAGGCUGGCCGGAGUCGCGAGAUUAGCGCGGGAGGCUGUAGGAACAGGUCCGACGCACGCGCGGGGCAGAGUCGCGCCGCGGCCGGCAACGACAACCGACCGGCCACGGCUCACCACUCAGUACUCGAUCUGCCUCGCCGCCGCCAACUUGCGUGGCCAUUGAGACCCCGUACUCAAACUUCGACGAUUCCCACUCGAUACAUUCGCUUCCAAAUUUUUAAAUAAAUGAUCAUUCGAAUAUUUUUCGCUCGCGAGUUUCAUUGUAUUGCACUAUAUUUACGUUUGCACGGUGCUUUUUCGUAAAACUUAACGGGCUCUUCAAGUGUCGGGAGUGAAGUUAAUGUUUCUGAAUGGUAUAAGUUGGCGGGAUUUCUAAUAUCAGUUUUAAAGGUGUUGCGCUCGAGUUGCGUGGUGCGAGGGUGUGAUGCGAGGGGCGCGGAGGGGCCCGCGCCGGCGCCGGUAGCCGCGACCAUGCGCCCGCGCACCGCUCAUGCGCUCGCUUGCUUGCUAGCUGUCGCUGUUGCGCUCACCAGCCACACUGCUGCUGCGUCUAGUGUUAUUAAAGGCCAGCGGGCGGCUUGCAACAACGAGGGCGACCCCGUGCGCCUGCAAGACGCGCGUCUUGAGCACGACUGGAGCAGCUGCUUCCGUUGCAUCUGUAAGAACGGUUUCGUGGAGUGCCGCAAAGGGAUGGAAGAGUGUGGCCCAAUGGAAGAUUGCGCGGUGGUAAUGCCUAGAGAAGGUUGCUGUGCCCGAUGCAAGGGUUGCUGGUACAAUGGCACAGACUACGCGUCGCACACUGAGUGGGGACAAGAUGGCAAGAUUUACAGAUGUGAAGCUGGCGUCGUCACUAUUUCCCGACCACAGUGCUAUGCACCGUGCGACAACCCUAAGCACCAACGACAUACACACUCGAAUUGUCCUGUUUGUGACGAAUGCGUGAUUAACGGUCAACGAGUGUGGGAAGGGCGUGAUGUUCGGAUUCCAGAAGAACCUUGCUUAUCAUGUCGAUGUGUCCGUGGAGCGCUGUCUUGCACCAAGCGGGCCUGUCCCGUGCUGCCGUGCGUGCGGUCGCAGCAGUUCACACCAGCUGGUGAAUGCUGUCCAAGGUGUUCGCAUCCUACGUCGGAUAAAAUAUUACCAACGAGUUUUCUGCCAAAGCCGUGCAUAAUUGGUAAGGAGUAUCACGCGCACCUGAGCAAGUUCCAAGUAGACCCCUGCACGGACUGCACGUGCAUGAACGGGACAGCGGUGUGCUCACGACACACCUGUCCGGUGUUAACAUGCGGGACACGCGCGCUGCCCGCCCCACCUGGGAAGUGCUGCCCGGAGUGCCCCAACAUUGAGGAGGCUAAGGCCGCUUGUAUAGUCGGCGGGAAAACAUACCAGGAUGGAGAAACGUGGCAAUUAGAUGCGUGUAAGUCUUGUGAAUGCCAUGCCGGGGAACCCAGAUGUGCGAUGGAGAGAUGCCCGUCACUAACGUGCCCCCCGGAUCAAACACUUAGACAAUUACCUGGACAGUGUUGCCAGAAAUGUGUAGACAUUGAUGGUAUUUGCACCGUAUUCGGCGAUCCACACUAUAAGACUUUCGAUGGAAAGUUUUAUAGUUUCCAGGGAUCCUGCAAGUACCAAUUAGUGUCUGAUUGCAAGAAUCACACAUUCUCUAUAAGAAUAUCGAACGACGCUCGAAAUACUUCACAUUCCUCUUGGACUCGGACUGCAACGCUUCGCAUUGGAUCUACCAAAAUAAACAUGGGUAGAAAAAUGCGGAUUAAAGUGAACGGACAUAGAAUAACAUUGCCUCACAACAUUAAAGGAAUAGCUGAUGUAAGCCGAAGCAACGGAUCUGUUAUUUUAAAAGCUAACAUAGGGUUGCAAUUGUUAUGGGACGGAGACGGAUUCUUAGAAGUUACGGUAUCUAGCUCAUACAAAGGAAAAUUAUGUGGUUUGUGUGGAAAUUUCAAUUCGAUUGCUAGAGACGACAUGAGGACUAGAGACGGUAGACUUAUCAGUGAUACAUGGAGAUUUGGUACUUCUUGGCGAGUAGGAGGACAUCGCGCUUGCACCAGACGCCAAGAACGGCCGGGAAUGAAUACACGUUGCAGAGCGUCCAAACUGACUAAAGCGCGUCGUUUGUGUAAGGCGUUUGAAAAUCACGAGGCUUUUUCUGAGUGUGGCGCAAAAGUGAACCCGUAUAACUAUAAAGAAGCAUGCCUAUUAGAUGCUUGUAGUUGUUCAGGCGUACGUUGCCACUGUGCUGCGUAUAGAGCGUAUGCAAGGGAGUGUACUCGAGUGAGUGCAGAACCUAUGAAUUGGAUGAAGGCUGUGUGGUGUGAGGGUCCAGCUCCAGCUUGGCUACUUCGCGGAAGGAAAGGUCGAAAUCGUGGAGCAAAGUCAAAGGAGCAAAGCUUUCCAGAGUUGAGCACGAUACAGAUUCGUAAUAAUAGUCGUGUCCGACCACCUCCGCCAAUAUUGCAUUAGCUUACCAAGGGCGACAAUAUUACUAGUCAAAACUGCCAGUGUGGUACUGUUAGCUUGUUACAGGAUUCUCAAAGGGAAAACGACGACGCACUGCCUUCCAGUUGCGGCUGAAAGUUGCAACGGGUUUGAUUAUGGAAUGAAGAUCUUUUUACUUAAACAGUAUUCGUAGAACUACUUAUAGUUAGGUAAUAAUCAAAUGCAUAGUAAUAAUAACACCACCUAUAGCUCAAUAUUACCUCGCUAACGACCAGCUUCUAUUAAUAUAAGCGUAUAAAUAUGUAACGUAAGAAAUACUUUGUCUUGAAAAAACGUAUAUACAUAAUGUUAAAAUUAAUUUUAUCGUUGGAUAUAAACAAAUUGUAUCAAAAAUAUUUAUUGCUUCUUGCUGGUUGUUAUAUUUAGGGGAAUUUAUAUACAAUUGAAAACGGCACAUAGGUAUAAAUUAACAUAAGAUGAAAGUGUGUUUAUAUUGAAUUAUUAUCAAAUUAUGUGAUAUUAAGUUUUUGAUUACGACUUCAAAUAGACGAUUUAAAUACAUAGUUCAAAUUGAGAUCUCAUUCCUAGGUAGUUUUCGAAAUAUAGAUACAUAGAAUAUUAUAGUAGCCGAAGUAAAGAAGCUAUUUAAUUCGUAAUGAAAAGAACAAAUGACAAGUAAAACUACAAUAUUUUAUGCUUAGAUGACAUACUUUUAACUUUUAAUUUCAUAGCAAAUAAUAUUUACUGUAUAUGUAUUAUUAUAAGUAAAAAAUAAUCAGCAUUCUCUUGAAGUAAAUCAAUGUAUUUUUUCCAUUAGACUUGUAAAAUUGUAUAUAUACCAAAAAUACGUGUAUGUAACAUUUUGAAGACUAAAAAUUUAGUUAUAAAUGCGUUACCAAUGAAUUUUAUAUUGAUUUUGAAUGAUUCUUCUACGACAAAUAUUUUAUAAUGUUAUAUUUUUAGAAUAUUUUUAAUUUACUUUAAUAUAGACGUAUUUAUUGAAAUAAAUACGUAGCGUGCCAUCAAAAGUUUGUUAAAAUUAAUAAUUUAACCAAAUAUCACAUGGAUAUGAAUAGUAUUUCCGUGAUAUUGCUUGUAUUAUACAAUAUACAUAAUAUACUCCAAAAUAUGCUACAAUCGUUUAGUUAGUUCUCUCCCUUCGUUUAAAUAUUCAAAAAUUGAGAAAUAUACAAUUUAGGAUGAAAACUCGAGAUCAGCAUUACAACAUGAAAUUAUAAUUUAUGUAACUAUGUAUUUAAUAUAUUAAAUAAACUAGAUUCAUAUAUUGUAUAGGCCACACAUACGAAGUACGAAAACAAAUUAGUUGAAUUUAUUUUGUAAAAGGCGUUCAUGUAUUAUGGCGCUUUUCGAUUUUAGUUAUAUUUCAUUCCUGUAAAAUAACUACUUAUUAGUUAAGAAUGUACUGCAUUAGUGUAAAAUCAGAUUAGAGCAAAAAAAAUUCAAGUAUUUAUCGAGUAUAACUUUCGUAAACAAAUUCCAAAGUAAAAUAGAGCUUAAAGCUCUAUUUAUAAGAGUUAUGUUAUCCUCGGCCAUUGUUUUAGUAUGAGACGAGGUUAUCUGAAAUAGGUUUAAAAUCUUAAUACAUAUUGCUUUGUGCUGAAGUUGAAGUUAAUAUGAUUUUUAUAUAAUUUUGACCAUGCUCUAUGUAUGAUAAUGCUCUAAUGCGCCUUGCAUGGAGAUUUUAUGAUGUUGCAUGUGGCAGAUACUUUUAUUCUUGUAUUUUUUUUAAACUAUGUAAAUAUCUUCUAUAUGCAGCAUUGUAUCAUGAAUUUUAUUUAGUACAGCUUACGUUUUAGGUAGGCUUAUAAGUUAUUAAUUUUAUUGUAUGACUAAAUAUCAUUUUUUUAAUAGUAACGCAAAAUAAAUGAUGCACAAACAAAAAUUAAUUUAUUCUUUAUAUUUAACCUCAAUCGAUGUUUCUUUUAAAUAAAUAAAGGUUUUAUUUAUUUAGCAAUUGUUUUUGUUUGUAUAUAACUGAAUCGUGUAUUUGGACGAUUAAAUUAUUUUCGUGUGAUUGUAUUGACUUCUAUAAUAUCCAUAUUAGAUACGUAUUUUAUAAAACCACAGAAUUAUAUGAAACACUGCUAAUUGUGUAUGUUAUACUAUUUAACUAUUAAGUUAAACAUACCUAUCUUAUGCGAAAUGACAUCGAAACGUUUUGUGUAAUUAAAUAAAAUGUAUUC